GCAUUGCUGUGGAUUUCCGCAUCCGCAGAGUUUCUCCGGGUUGAUCGAAAUCGCAUGCGCAGAGAUCUGAGGUCAUCCCAAAUAUCGCGCAUGCGCUCAGUAGGAGAGCGGCUAACCGGGAUCGGACGCAGGUUUGAAAUCGCAGAACACUUGUGCACAGGAAUCUUAAGCACAACAACACAUCAGUUUUGCUGUCUCUGCCCAGAUAUUUAAGGAGUGACCAAAUAUUUUCUUUGCAACACCAACACAUCUGUUGUCGAUCCUUGGAGAUGAAGAAUUAUCUCAUCCCAGCUGGUGAUGUAUUCUGUCUCUGAAAUGAAGUUUUCUGUUUUAACUCUGUGAAAUCCACUGGAACCGGGAGCUGAGAACACACCAGCAUUUGUUUACUGGAGAUCAGUUCUUCAACUGCAUUGAUUGUACAAGGGAUUCAAAAGUCUGACGUUCUGAAUUGCCAGAGAAUUGAUCAUAGUGAGAUAUCAUUCUCCUUCUCUCAGUGUGGGAAGAGAUUCACUCACAGGCUACCCGCAGACACGCCAGUGAGUUCACAGUGGGGAGAGGCCAUUCACCCGCUCUGUGUGAGGGAGGGGAACCACUCAGUCAUCCAGUCUGAAGAUACGUCAGCAAGUUCACACCAUAGUGAGAUGCUCCACCUGUUCUGACUGAGGGAAGCAAUUCAUUCUGUCAUUGAUGUUAAAGAUAUAUCAGAAAAUUCACCAGUGAGGGGACAUUUCUUAGACUGUAGGAAGGCAUUGACACAAUCAAUCACAGUCACCAGCAAGUUCACACCAUUCACGUCAUCUGAAUGUAGAAUCAGAUUUAUUUAGUCAUCUCAACUGAACGAACGUCACGAGUUCACACUGAGAAGAUGCCGUUCACCUGCUCAGACUGUGGGAAGGAGUUCACUCGGUCCUUUAACCUACUGAGACACCAGUUGGUUCACACUAGGGAGAAACCAUUCAUCUGUUGUGACUGUGGGAAGGGAUUCAUUCGGUCAUCGCAACUGAAGAAACAUCAGCGAAUUCACACUGGGGAGAAACUGUUCACGUGUUCUGAAUGUGGAAAGGGAUUCAUUCGGUCAAAUCAACUGAAGGCACAUCAGCGAGUUCACACUGGGGUGAGUCCAUUCACCUGCUCUGAAUGUGGGAAGGGAUUCACAUAUUCAUCCAAACUACAGAGACACCGGCUGGUUCACACUGGGGAGAGACCAUUCACCUGCUCUGAAUGUGGGAAGGCAUUCACUGAGUCAUCCAAACUACAGACGCACCGGCUGGUUCACACUGGGGAGAAACCAUUCACCUGCUCAGUCUGUGAGAAGGGAUUCACUCGGUCAUCUCAACUGAAGGAACAUCAGCGAAUUCACACCGGGGAAAAACCGUUCACUUGCUCAGACUGUGGGAUGAAAUUCACUCGUUUAACUCAACUGAACGUACAUCAGCGAGCUCACACUGGGGAGAAACCAUUCAGCUGCUCUGAAUGUGGGAAGAGAUUCACUUGGUCAUUUCAACUACAGAAACACCAUCAAAUUCACACUCGGGAGAAACCACUCACCUGUUCUGAAUGUGGGAAGAGAUUCACUCGGUCAAUCCAACUGAAGGCACAUCAGCGAGUUCACACUGGAGCGAGUCCACUCACCUGCUCUGAAUGUGGGAAGGGAUUCACAUAUUCAUCCAAACUACAGAGACACCGGCUGGUUCACACUGGGGAGAGACUGUUCACCCGCUCACUAUGUGAGAAGGGAUUCACUCGGUCAUCUCAACUGAAGGAACAUCCGCGAAUUCACACUGGGGAAAAACCAUUCACUUGCUCAGUCUGUGGGAUGAAAUUCACUCAUUUAACUCAACUGAACAUACAUCAACAAAUUCACGCUGGGGAGAAACCAUUCAGCUGCUCUGAAUGUGGGAAGGGAUUCAGUCGGUCAUCUGACAUGAAAAUACAUCAGCGAGUUCACACUGGAGAGAUGUCAUUCAUCUGCUCAGACUGUGGAAAGCGAUUCAUUCGGUCAUCUGAACUGAAUGCACAUGAGUGCUUUCACGCUGGGGAGAAACCGUUCAUUUGCUCAGACAGUGGGAAAAGAUUCACUUUUUCAUUUCGUCUACUGAGACACCAGUUAGUUCACACUGGGGAGAAACCAUUCAUCUGCUCAGAAUGUGGGAAGGUGUUUGCUGGGUCAUCAGACUUGAAAAUGCAUCAGCGAGUUCACAUGGGGGAGAGGCCGUUCACCUGCUCUGAUUGUGGGAAGGAAUUCAAUCACUCAUCCACACUACAGAGACACCGGCUGGUUCAUACUGGGGAGAGGCCAUUCACCUGCUCUGAAUGUGGGAGGGGAUUCACUCAGUCAUCCAACCUUUUGUCGCAUCAGCGAAUCCACACUGGGGAGAGGCCGUUCACCUGCUCAGACUGUGGGAAGACAUUCGCUCACUCAUCCACCCUACAGAGACACCAGCUGGUUCACACUGGGGAGAGACCGUUCACCUGCUCUGAAUGUGGGAAGGGAUUCACUCGGUCAUCCAAGCUACAGAGACACCAGCUGGUUCACACUGGGGAGAAACCACCUUCUUAGAUUGUGGGAAGGGAUUCACUUAGUCAUCUGACUAGAAGCUACAUCUGACAGGUCACACUGGGGACAGACUGUUACAACAUAAGACCAUAAGAUGUAGGAGCAGGAGUAGGCCAUUUGGCCCAUCGAGUCUGCUCCGCCAUGCAAUCAUGUGUCACGCAGGUGAGAAACUGCGAGAAAAUUCGGCAGUCUAAUGAGCAAGGAGGCAACUAAAAGAGAGAGAGGACUCUGACUUUGUUUUGAUAAUAGUUUUAAUUGUGUCCCUGAGAGAGUACGGCGCAAGCUGAGACGUGAGCUGAGAGGUCACCAUGGUAACAGCUCAGAGCAGUUGAGCUAACGGACAGUUGGAAUAUUGGAUGGAUUAUAAAAGUUGAUCCUUUUGUCUGAUAACGCAGAGGAGACACGACACGGGAGAACUGCGGAAGCUACCCAAGAAACCACUGGUGGAGUUUAAGACCACCACGAGGGUAGAGGCCACAGACCGAUUAAUUUCGACCCGUGAUUACCAGUGCAGGUAAGAGCUUGCCUGUGGGGGUCGUGGGUUAGUAGACCGUUCCCGAAAAGGGGCUCUGUCCAUCUGUGUGUGGGGGUCACAUGAAGUGACUGAAGACUUCGGAAGCAAGAACAACUAAAGCUGCCAACUUGAACAUCAAUUCAAUUAACUCCCUCUCUCUCCAUCAAUUCAACUCGAUGCAACACAAAGUGAACUGAACUGCCUAACCUUACCUGACCCCAUAAGACUGAUAUCCACCUCCUGAACUAUUAUUUAUUUGUAGUUUAUAACCUGUAUCGUA